AUGCGGCAAGAUCCCCUGAUUAAGGUCCUUGACAAGGCUUGCUUUGAGUUGGGCCUAGUGCCCGAAGAGAACGGAUACUUGGGCAGUGGAGCGUUUGGUCUAGUUUUUAAAGUCUGUGAUCAGAAUGGAGUGGCCUUUGCACUGAAGAUAGUUCCAGAUGUUGAUGACAACGUGGCAGAACUUCAAAAGCAAAUGUCGAUUACUAACGAAGCUACACGGAAAUGCCCUCACUUAAUCGUCGGCGUUGAAGAGGAUUCUUUCAGGAAAUUUGGUAAAUUGGGUGCUGCUCUUCUAUUUUCGGAAGUUGGAAAUCACUAUUCUAGUCUUUCAAAGAAAGCUAUUAUUGAUUGUCUUCAAGAGCUCCACGAAAACAAUGUGGUGCAUGGGGAUGCUCGAGUGGAGAACAUUGUAUGCGUCAAUGGGAGGGCCAAGUGGAUUGAUCUCCGAAGAGCUUAUAUUUGGAACACUGAUCAAGUUUCGGAGCUGAAACAGAAGGAUCAGAAUGAUCUGAUGGAAUCCAUCAAACGCAGCCAGUACUUCGAUUGA